AUGUCGCGUUACUCAAUCUUUUCAGAAUCGGCUAGGAUUCUAAACGAAGUCCUCCUCUCUGAUCCUAAACUCGACCUUCCUACCUCCUUCGCCGAAGCAGCCAAAAAAGUCGAGUUCGUCGGAGGUGAUGACCAGCCUUUCGUCCUGACCCCUCUCAAAAUCACGGAGUCAUGCGCUUCGCUCACUGCUCUCGUGGCCACUGCUGCGAAUGUCGUGGCCGCCGAGAGAUAUGGGAUUCCGUAUCAAGGCGUUCAAGUCAACACUGAUGUGGCCACUCUAUUCCUAGAGUCAGUUUUGCUACCGACCAUCGGUGGCAAGCCAUUUACGCAACAUCCACAAAUGAUCAAGGAGCUCGCUAAAAUGGACAUUCAUCAAAAUAUGAAGCCCAUCAAAUUCUACGCUACCAACAUCUAUCGGACCAAAGAUGGUCGAUGGUACCACCUCCAUGGUUCCAUGAACGCAGGCCCAACUAUGAAUAUGCUUGGUGUGGACGAUGCCGACGUUACGCCACGAGAGGCAAUCGAAAUUUAUGCCAAAAAGGUCGCCAAUUGGGAAUCCGAAGAUCUCGAGGAGACAGCCAACAACAAAUUCGAUCAAGCGGGCGUUGUCUGCCGGACACCUGAAGAAUUCUUUUCCAGCGAGCACGGGAACAUCAUGGCUCAAGAACCGCUGUGGAACAAGACACCCAUAUCAGCGCCAAUGAAACCUUGGCCUCAGCCGAAAAGUCGCGAUGGAUAUAAACCUCUAGCUGGUAUCCGGGUCAUCGACUUCUCUCGCGUCAUUGCAGCCCCAGCCGUGUCCAAGCUUUUGGCUGCUCUUGGUGCCGACGUUCUUCGCGUGUCGUGCGAUAAACUGCCAGAGUAUCCAGCGACCAUGCCAGAUCUUCAAACUGGCAAGAGAGACACAAAUCUUGACUUGAAGACAGAGGCGGGAAAGAAAGCCUUUUCUGAGCUUGUGACAGGCGCCGAUGUCCUCAUCGAUGGAUAUCGCCCUGGGGCCCUACAGCGACUCGGGUUUGACUCGGGCUCGUUACGAAGAUUGAAUCCCAGUUUGAUAUACUUGCGGGAAAACUGCUAUGGUUUCAAGGGUCCGCUGGCUGGUCGAUCCGGCUGGCAACAGAUCAGUGAUUGCUUAGUUGGUUUGUCUUGGUUACAAGGCGAGUUUCUUGGGCUGGAUGAGCCUGUCGUACCACUUCUACCCAAUUCGGACUACCAGACGGGCUUAGUCGGCGCUGUGGCAGUUAUCGACGCUCUACUGGCUCGCGCAAAAGAUAACGUGACGUUUGAUCUUGAAAUCAGCUUGACUCAAUACAACAUCUGGUAUUACCGAUUGGGCACAUAUAGCGAAGACCAGCAGCAGCAACUCAGAAUCCGAGACACCCAAUUUAGCCCACGCCAUUACGACGAGAUGAGCACCCUUGUCGGCAAGACGCACAAGUCUUUGGAGAAGGUUCGUCCGGAUCUCUUUACCCACCCAGAGUUUUUUUGGACCAUGUCAGGCAAGGAAUAUGGCAUCGACGAAGACCUCAAGAUCCUAGCGCCUGCCUUCACAUUUGAGUCUUCAGAGAUGGCAUGGGAGAUUCCCACGGGGCGUCGGGGCAGGUCUAAGCCUGAAUGGUUGGACUAG